AUGAAACGUCACCUGCAAGUAGCGUGGAGAAGGCGGGACGCAAGAUUCGAGAGGUGGAGAAAAUACUCCAACUGGACGCAACAACUUCGUCUGAAGAAACUUCUGCAGGCUGCGCAGACACUUGACAAACGUGUGGCGCCCUUAUUUGUGGAGCUGGAGCGUAUCAAGAAAGAUAAUGAAAUCAUGCGAGAUGCAUUGAAAGAGGCCAAGAUCGAUCUUGAAGUUACAGAGCUAUUGCAACGACAUGUGGAUGAGUUGAGCCAACUACUUCACGAGGCGCAAAAAAGUCUUGCUUCCGAAAAGGAGGAAAACAACCGGUUGGUGACAGCUUCACGAAGGCAAGCAGACCAAAGGACGUUAGAAUUCGAGAGUUCAAGAAUACUGGGGUUCAACCGCGAUGUCUUCUGGUAA